UAGUAGUAGAAGAAUACACGGAAAAAAGAAAAUGAAGCGAGACGUACGGUAAGAAGAAGCAGCAACAGAAGAAGAAGAGGAAUCACGCCUUGGUUGGCAACAGUGAACACCACAACAAACGCGGCAGAGGACGAGUCGCCGAGCAUCAUGAAUUCCGCUAGCAAAGUUGGUGAGAUCUUCUUAGCUGCAGGCACAGCUUUCAAUAAACUUGCCGAACUCACCAUGCAGCUUCACCCAACAGCUGAACAGUCUCCUGCAGGCACCAAAUGGACUGAUGAAGAAAUAGAAAUGCUUCGCUCUUCUGUGAAGAGAUUUGGUGAUGAUCUAAAUAUUAUCAGUCAGAGGAUAAAGUCUCGCACUGUCACUCAGAUACGAUCAGCACUGAAAAAGAAGGCCUUUGAAGAUGCUGGCAUUUCCCCCCAGACUGCCGUUGCAUUACAAGCUCAGCAAAAUACCACAGCUCAGACUGGAGCCAGCGGUGGAGGAGGGAGUAUGUUGGGGGGACGGGAUGUGACCCUCAACAUGCUUAAUGCCUCAGAAUCUGAAGUGGAUGUGGAAGGGAUGGGUGGCGUUGGCAUGGAUUUUGAGGGUGCAAAUGAAGUUGUCACUUCUUAAAAAAGAAUGACUGGUAUUACAUCCUUCAAGUACAAUUUCUCUUGCUUGUCAAAACUAGAUUUUAUAUGAAGUGCUUUAAAUCAGGAACAUUGUGUUUUCUACCACAAGCAUUUUAAGUACGGUAGUUGUUUAAUUCUUAGUUAUUAAAGAUUUUGAUUGGUGAUGUAUUUGUAUAUUUACAACAAAGUAAGGAUAACUUCUUGACAAAGUUAUACUGAAUCUGUAGUGUGUGUGUGUAUUUACCUACUUGUGAUAAACAGGAAGUUAGUGUAGCUCUUUUCCCAUUUAUCACAAUUUUAUUAUUUUUAUUAUCAUCGUUGUUACACACACACACACACACACACACACACACACACACACACACACAUGAGAGAGAGAGAGAGAGAGAGAGAGAGAGAGAGAGAGAGAGAGAGAGAGAGAGAGAGAGAGAGAGAGAGAGAGAGUUUUGUUAAGAUAAGCAAGAUGUACUGUAAUAAAAUUUAUUUCAGAAAUAUUUCCUAUGUACAGAGUUCCCUGCCAAGACAAACACCUCCUCUGAAGCAUUGGUUUGGCAGUACAGCCGCUGAAUGCCCCGUCAUAGUGUGAGGGAGACACAUCUUAAACCCAUGAUUCUUAGAAUCUCCAAUACAUGUUUACAUAAUUGUAACACAGAAAUUUGUACAUCAAAAAUAUGAAACCAUUAUU